GAAUAAUUGGCAGCACAGUCAGCUGGAUUAGGUGGCAACGCUAUUACAGUGCUGACGUUCGGCAAAAAAGAGGAAACGUAGCCCGUCGAUCCCGGGAGUGUAAGAGUGUGUCGCUGACAACGGCCACGCUGUAGAUACCAACUAAAUAAAAAAGAAAGAAGGCCUGCCGUCCGUUGGCCGCCGCAAAAUUAAGAUGAUCCUGCUUUCCGGACUUCUGCCGCUCCUGGGCGUCGUCCUUCUGCACCUGGGGACCCCGUCACAGGCCUUCUAUCUGCCCGGAUUGGCGCCGGUUAAUUUCUGCAAGAAAACCGAUAUCUCCUCCACAUGCAAGUCGGAAAUCUUAUUGUACGUGAACCGAUUAAACACCGAAGAAUCGGUAAUACCCUAUGAAUACCAUCACUUCGACUUUUGCUUAGGGGAGGAGUCCAACUCUCCAGUGGAGAAUCUGGGACAGGUGGUGUUCGGCGAGCGAAUCCGCCCAGGCCCCUAUAAAAUUCAAUUCCUAGAGAAUCAGCAAUGUGCGAAGGCCUGUGCCAAAACAUACAAAGGUGAUGAUCCAGUUGAUAACCGCAAGAUGAUGGUUCUUAAAAAGGGCAUCAGUUUGAAUUAUCAACACCACUGGAUUGUGGACAACAUGCCGGUGACCUGGUGCUAUCCACUGGAGAAUGGCAAACAAUACUGCGGAAUUGGAUUCCCAAUGGGGUGUCUUGUUCGCAGUGAUGGCGAUGGCUGUCCAAUCAACCCCGCAUACAACCAGCCGAUGCAUUAUUAUCCCUUCAAUCAUGUGGAUCUGGAGAUAACGUAUCAUAGCGGUCAAUCGGAGGAUUGGGGAAUCCAAUUCGGCAACAGUGGACGCAUUAUCUCUGUUAAAGUGUCACCUAAAUCGAUCAAGCACCCUGAUCCAGUUAAUAUCAACUGCUUGAGCACCGAACCGCUGGCAAUUAGUGAGAACUCGUUGAAGGCUGGAGAGCAACUUACCAUAGUGUAUACGUAUAGUGUGAAAUUUGUGAAAAACGAUUCGAUCAAAUGGUCGUCCCGUUGGGAUUACAUCUUGGAAUCCAUGCCACACACAAAUAUCCAAUGGUUUUCCAUUCUGAACUCCCUGGUAAUUGUUCUCUUUUUGAGUGGCAUGGUGGCCAUGAUUAUGCUGCGUACUCUGCACAAAGAUAUUGCCCGCUAUAAUCAGAUGGAUAGCGGCGAGGAUGCACAGGAAGAGUUCGGCUGGAAGCUUGUCCAUGGAGAUGUUUUUAGACCGCCGCGCAAAGGUAUGCUGCUGUCAGUGUUCCUUGGUUCCGGUGCACAGGUUCUGGUGAUGGCCAUGAUCACCUUAGCCUUUGCGUGCUUGGGUUUCCUGUCCCCAGCAAAUCGCGGUGCCUUGAUGACCUGUUCCAUGGUCCUCUUUGUUUCGUUGGGAACUCCAGCUGGUUACGUGUCUGCGCGUAUUUACAAGAGUUUCGGAGGUCUGAAAUGGAAGAGUAAUGUCAUCCUAACCUCGAUCGUUUGCCCUGGUGUGGUCUUCUCACUCUUCUUCGUAAUGAACCUCGUGCUUUGGGGAGAAAGUAGCUCUGGAGCUGUGCCAUUUAGCACGCUGAUUGCCUUACUUGCUCUUUGGUUUGGCGUCUCAGUGCCACUGACAUUUGUUGGAGCUUACUUUGGGUUCCGCAAACGCGCUCUGGAGCAUCCAGUUCGUACCAACCAGAUUCCUCGCCAGAUACCCGACCAAUCGAUCUACACUCAGCCUAUUCCUGGCAUUGUCAUGGGUGGCGUUCUGCCCUUUGGCUGCAUCUUUAUUCAGCUGUUCUUUAUCCUGAGCUCGCUGUGGUCCAGCCAGAUAUACUAUAUGUUCGGCUUUCUGUUCCUGGUCUUUGUCAUCCUGGUUAUCACGUGCUCGGAGACAACCAUUUUGCUGUGCUACUUCCACUUGUGUGCAGAGGACUAUCACUGGUGGUGGCGCUCCUUCUUAACGUCCGGAUUCACUGCUGUCUAUCUCUUCAUUUACUGCUGCCAUUACUUUGUGACAAAGCUCUCGAUCAAGGACAGUGCCUCGACGUUCCUGUAUUUCGGCUACACGGCUAUAAUGGUAUUCCUGUUUUUCUUGAUGACCGGCACAAUCGGAUUCUUCGCGUGCUUCUGGUUCAUACGCAAGAUCUACAGUGUGGUUAAGGUGGAUUAAACAUCAAAAAUCAAGAAGAAGGGAGCUCGUGCGAAUGUAUUUUUGUAUGUGUAGCCACAAAUUUACACUUAAGCCUAAUGUGUGUGUGAUUUCUGCGCUGUGCGCCCAGCACAGACAGUUUUCUGUUUAUUAUAAUUACGAUUACAUAUAUUUGUAUCAGGCAAGAACCGUGGAGAAACGAAGCGCGCAAUAAUCUUUAAGCAGUAAACAGCAGACGAGUUGGAGUUGAAAAAGUGACUUGAAGCAGCAUCUUUUGUAUAGUUCACCGUUCUGUUAAUCUUUAGACGUAAAGUUUAGCAAUGUCCAUUUCCCAGCUCUAGCAACGAUUCCAAAAAAAAAAAAAAGAAAGAAAACGAGGAAAUCUGAAAGCCCAAUAAAAAGUACUGAGCCGCAAAACGAAGUACUUUAAAACCCUUUCUCUAUUUGUAAUAUCAAAGCCUAACUGUAAUUAGUGGCUCGUCUUAGCCGUAAUUCGAGCAGGAUUGAAUUCACGUGUAAUAUUUAAAUACUUUAGUUUAAACUAUUUAAAUCUAACUUGCGACUAAAGAAUAAACAAAACUAUAAAUUAUGAAA